AUGGCGAUUUCAUACAAACAAAACACUGCUUGUGGAGUUCGUUCCAUAAGAUUCCCUACAACAUCCUAUCCAAUCACUCAUCGGAUCGAGAAUGAGCUUACCCACAUCAAGACAUGGGUAUUAUCAUCAUGGUCUUGUAAGCCCACUACAGAAACGGUUUCUGAGAGUUUAUGUAAGUUGUCACCAUUGUAUGGACUCCUUCAAGAGCUUAUCAGUUCUUUAUCUUCUAUCCAAAAUGAAAACUGGGUUGAUGAGCUAAUGGAUGCACUUGUCGGUUUCUUGGAUGUUUGUGGCAUCAUGAGAGAUAUCGUGUUAGAAUAUAAAGGUCAUGUUGUUGUCCUUCAGUGCGCUUUAAGGAGGAGAAAGGGAGUUUCAACCCUAGAAAACAGCAUUGUACAAUAUAAUAGUUUUAGGAAGAGAAUUACAAAAGAUGUCAAGCGUUUGAUAGCAAGUUUCAAGCAAUCAAUGGCCAGAAAGUUAGACCAUCAACAUGAUCACGAUCAUGAGGUGGUGAUCAAAACGGUAAAGGAAGUUACGAAUGUGACUGUUACCAUUUUCGAGUCACUCUUGAAGCUUUUUUUAAUGGAAGAGUCAAAAACGCCAACGGAAAAUAAAUGGUCAAUAGUGGUAUCAAAAUUAUUCCAAAAAUCCAGAGUGACAUGUGAAGAACAUCACCAUCUACAACAAGAACAACGUUCGAGAAUAACUUAUGAUUUCGAAGGUUUAGACGUUGUAUGUCCCACUCGAUCCAUUAAAGAUGGAUUGUGGUCUUGGUCAAAUGGUAAAUGUCAAUUGGAGACGAUGGAAGCUCAACUAGGAAGAAUUGAAGACAGUUUGGAGAGUAUAUAUAUGACAUUAAUCAGAACAAGAGGAUCUCUUUUGAACACUGUUUCCUACAUGAACUAA